GCGAGCUGGCACCCGCGGCGCGGCGGGAUGGACCUGGAAGCCUCGCUGCUGCCCACCGGCCCCAAUGCCAGCAACACCUCGGAGAGCCCGGAUAACCUCACCGCGGCCGGGCUGCCUCCUCGCACAGGGAGCAUCUCCUACAUCAACAUCAUCAUGCCUUCAGUGUUUGGUACCAUCUGCCUCCUGGGCAUUGUCGGGAACUCCACAGUCAUCUUCGCGGUGGUGAAGAAGUCCAAGCUGCACUGGUUCAGCAAUGUCCCCGACAUCUUCAUCAUCAACCUCUCGGUGGUGGACCUCCUCUUCCUCCUGGGCAUGCCCUUCAUGAUCCACCAGCUCAUGGGCAAUGGGGUCUGGCACUUUGGCGAGACCAUGUGCACCCUCAUCACGGCCAUGGACGCCAACAGUCAGUUCACCAGCACCUAUAUCCUGACCGCCAUGGCCAUUGACCGCUACCUGGCCACCGUCCACCCCAUCUCCUCCACCAAGUUCCGGAAGCCCUCUGUGGCCACCCUGGUGAUCUGCCUCCUGUGGGCCCUGUCCUUCAUCAGUAUCACCCCCGUGUGGCUCUAUGCCAGGCUGAUCCCCUUCCCAGGGGGCACCGUGGGCUGCGGCAUCCGCCUGCCCAACCCAGACACUGACCUCUACUGGUUCACCCUGUACCAGUUUUUCCUGGCCUUUGCCCUGCCCUUCGUGGUCAUCACGGCCGCCUACGUGAGGAUCCUGCAGCGCAUGACAUCCUCCGUGGCCCCCGCCUCUCAACGCAGCAUCCGGCUGCGGACAAAGAGGGUGACCCGCACGGCCAUCGCCAUCUGCCUGGUCUUCUUCGUGUGCUGGGCGCCCUACUACGUGCUUCAGCUGACCCAGCUAUCCCUCAGCCGCCCGACGCUCACUUUUGUCUACCUGUACAACGCAGCCAUCAGCUUAGGCUAUGCCAACAGCUGCCUCAAUCCCUUUGUGUACAUCGUGCUCUGUGAGACGUUCCGGAAACGCCUGGUCCUGUCGGUGAAGCCUGCGGCCCAGGGGCAGCUCCGCGCUGUCAGCAACGCCCAGACAGCUGAUGAGGAGAGGACAGAAAGCAAGGGCGCCUGACGCUUCCCCCUGCCACCCUGGGCACCUUCACGUCAGGACUCCACAGCAGACUGUGGGGAGAGACGCUGAGAGCAACCCAA